CACGUAAACUGAAUGCUGUCAAAGCGCUCUGUCAAAAUAAUACAAAAUCGAUCUCGCUCGCGGUUCGCGUUUUCCACCGUUUUUCCGUGAAAGUUUCCCAUUAUUUUCCCAAAAACCACACCGGUGUGGCCCGGGAAAACGUACAGCUCGUUACCGGCAGUAUUCGUUUAGGCGCCGCGGACCCGAUUCCGGAACCCGACCACGGAAAAUGGUUCUGCUUAGCAAUGAAGAAUUCUUGUCAAGUCUCACACUGCUUGCACGAUCGGCCCGGAGCGAUUCCUCCUUCACAGUGACCAUCAAACGAUACGAUGGUCACGAUCGACCAAAGCCCCGCGAGGGCAACCCACCGCUGCCGAAACCCGCCGAGUACCAGUGUCUGAUUAGGGCCCGAUCGCGUUCGAAAAAGCUGUCGACCGUUGUUCGGCAUGACGAAGUGGCAAAAUUUAUGGAAACCUACUCGAAAGUGCUAAGGUCCAGCAUGGAUGGUCUGAAGAAGAUCAAGAAGGUGAAAAACAAGGCUAAGGCAGCCCAAGGAUAAAAGGAAUGGUAAUCGCUCCAAACGGUAUAUUAUAUUGUUGACUUGCAUUUGGGCACUUUGCUUCUCUGGUCGACCUGGCGGGAAAUAUGGAAAUCAACUUCCCUCCGACCAACGGAAAGCUUGCAACAUUGUGUAAUUUUCACUAGCGUAAGUAAAACCAUUUUUUGGAAUUCAUUAAAACAACUGAAAGGUUUAUUGGAA